AGGAGAAAGGACAAGUGGUCAGGUGGUUUGAGGAGAGGGAAGAGGAGGAGGAGGAGAGAGAUAGUCUGUUCUUCUUGUGUCAGAUAAAAGAGAUCCAUAUUCCAUCUCUGAGUUGUCAGGCUUCAGGACUGCAGAGUGGAGAGACUGCAGAGUGGAUAUUGGACAGAGUGGAGAUUGGACAGAGUGGAGAUUGGACAGAGUGGAGAUUGGACAGAGUAGCAGUAACUGUGUGCUAUGGGAUUACAGGAGAUUUAAUGGAGAAAUCACAGCAUCAGAUGAGCCCUGUGAAGAUCUGAAACCACAUAGUAGCCCCAGCCUGAGCCCCAAUAUGGACAACGAGAACACCGCCAAGGAGAGAGGAGUACUAGAAGAAAAUAACGAAAAGGAGACGAUGGACAGAUAUCAGGAGGAGGAGGAGGAGAAGGGUAGGAGGGAGCAGCUGGAGCCUCUGCCUGAGGAGCAGGAGCUGGAGGAGUUGAGGAGUCAGGUGCUGCAGCUCCUCCUGGAGUUAGAAGGGGCCCGGGAGAUAUCCAACAAACACCAGGAGGCUUUCCACGAGCUGCAGGGUCUAUUGGAGGAUGAGCGUUUGACCAGCGCUCAUCAGGCAGAAGCCUUCGCACGACAGGUCCACAACCUGCAAGCCCAGCUGCGUUUGGUACAGGAGGAGAUUGAGUCUCUGGAGGAGGAGAAAAAGAGUGAACUGAUUGAGGCCCACGAGGAGCUACGCCUGGCCCAGGAGGAGGUGCUACUGCUGCAGCAGGCGGCGGAGGAGUCGGCGGCUGAGAGGGAGAACGACAUCGCCUCCCUACAGGAGGAGCUUUGUCGCCAUCAGGCCGAGCUGGGGAGGCUCAACGAGGAGGCACAGGAGUACGAGCUGGAGAUCACCACGCUCCGUGCCGAGAUCAGCAUGAAGAGUCAGAGGAGAGAGGAGGAGAGGAGAGGAGGAGACGUAGAAACACUGAAGCAGGAGUGUGUCACGUUGAGGGAGGAGUGUGAGACAUUGAAGAAUGACAACAGACGUCUGACUGAGAGACUACAGCUGCAGAGGACAGGUUCCAACAGCCACCUGUCCCUAAAGGAGGAUGAAGAAGACACCGGGAUCGGAGUGGGCACAGAGAUGGGGGGCAUGGCUGAGAGCUACAUGACCAUGGCAGACUGCCAGUCAACGGGCACAGGCACCAACUGCCGCCUGAAGGACGUGUCCAUUCAGAAGAACAUCUCGUUCGAUGGGAAGCCCAUGACCCCCACCGGCUGGAAUGGAGGAUAUGGGGAGAUCGUCUCACUAAGGGACCAGCUGAAACAAGCUGAGGAGAAGGCCUCACUGGUACAGAGACAGUGUGACGGUUUGAAGACAGAGCUGAGGGAGCUACAGGUGCUAUAUGACUGCAGCCAGAGAGAGAGGGCGGGGAUGGAGGAGGAGCUACUGCGCUGCAAGGCAGAGUUGGAGAGGCUGGCUGGAGGGGGGCAGAGCUACAUCCAUUCGUCUGAGUCUCCUGUUCUCUCCGUCCCCUUCAUAGGAAUAAUUGUAAUAUUGGGAGUGGUUUGGUGCUGGUUGUCCGAGCUGGCGUCACAGAAAGCAAGGGGUGUGAUAUAGAACGGAACCCUAUUCUGACUGUCACCGCGGCAACAGCUGUGCUUCUGAUUCGUGGCUAGCUUGUUGAGAGGCCCGAUGUUGAGCAGGUCAGAUCAGUGACAAGUUACACCGACAAAAGACGGUAAUGUCUGCUUAUAGACAACUACCCUCCAUCCCCACCCCCUUAUCACAUCGAUCUGGGACGAACAACAGAUCACACGCCAUUUCUCUAAUUCAUCCAUUGGAAGAGGAAAUUCAGAUGACAACUGUUCAGAAAACAGGAGCAUGUUGAAAAUGGAGAACUUCAGAAAACAGGAGAUAAGUGUGCUCAUAGUUCUGAUGGAAAAGAUGGACUCCUGUUCUGGGGGACACAGGUCUUCAUGAAGCUGAGAACAUAGGGUGGAUACUUACAUUUAAUUGGAUAGUACCUUUCCCCCAUAAAUCUAGCUGGUUCUGCCCCUGUGACAUCUCAUUCUGUCUCUGUCUCUCUGUCUGUCUCACGGGUCUUUACUAUAGGGUGGCAGGGUGGCCUAGUGGUUAGAGCGUUGGACUAGUAACCGGAAGGUUGCAAGUUCAAAUCCCGAGCUGACAAGGUACAAAUCUGUUGUUCUACCCCUGAACAGGCAGUUAAUUCCUAGGCUGUCAUUGAAAAUAAGAUUUUUUUUCUUAACUGACUUACCUAGUUAAAUAAAGGUCAAAUGAACAUGGGACUCAAUUGGUCCUGAGUUUAAAUGUCUUAUACAACUCUCAUCUUGUAUGUUACUAAAUGUAAUUAUUCAUAUGUUAAUUGUUUGCUCAUCUUUUAACAAGAACCACCUCUGCAUCUUGCACAUUUUGCUGAAUUAAAAACUCUCAAAUAAAUAAAUAAAAUCCACAUGAUGUUGUAAAUAAGUCCUAGUAGAAUAUUUCUGAAAAUAUAAUUAUAUCUACACGUGUAAUUCAUUAUUUAAAGGAAUAUGCCGAAUACGUGAAAUAAUUUAAUGUCUGUGCCCGUGUCUUGUGAAUAGCUCAAACCAUGGGGAUUUUUCUCAAUUAGAAGUAAAUGAAUAAUGAAGACCUAGUAUAGAGUUCUAGUUCUAGAGUGACAGAUAAUGAAGUCCUAGUAUAGAGUUCUAGUUCUAGAGUGACAGAUAAUAAAGACCUAGUAUAGAGUUCUAGUUCUAGAGUGACAGAUAAUGAAGACCUAGUAUAGAGUUCUAGUUCUAGAGUGACAGAUAAUGAAGACCUAGUAUAGAGUUCUAGUUCUAGAGUGACAGAUAAUGAAGACCUAGUAUAGAGUUCUAGUUCUAGAGUGACAGAUAAUGAAGACCUAGUAUAGAGUUCUAGUUCUAGAGUGACAGAUAAUGAAGACCUAGUAUAGAGUUCUAGUUCUAGAGUGACAGAUAAUGAAGACCUAGUAUAGAGUUCUAGUUCUAGAGUGACAGAUAAUGAAGACCUAGUAUAGAGUUCUAGUUCUAGAGUGACAGAUAAUGAAGACCUAGUUUAGAGUUCUAGUUCUAGAGUGACAGAUGCUUUUCCCCACAAAAAAAAUGUUUAAAGGCAAUAGUUAAUUUAUAAAGCAUACGCUCUAAAAUAUUUUCUCAUUAAUUUACAUUUACUUUAAAAAUACAAUGAGCGUUCCAGAUGUCCUACCUACAGUGAAUUUGUUAUUAGUGAGGAUGUUUAAUCUGGGUUUUCAGAGUUGUGUAAAUGCCUAUUUGUUAUGGUGUCCUCAUUAAAGGGGGAAGUGUGUGCUAGUCUAGCAGCUGUUCUAAUGCACCUGUCAGUCCUAGCCCGGUGUUUCAAGUCUAUGUUUAACCAACCAUCUCACCCACAUACCAGUGUCCUGGCUAUUUUUGUCCACAGUCACAGUCACUUCUUUUAUUUACUGAACUUAACUUAGUGCACCGACAGACAGACUUGGGUUGAAAUACUAUUCUCAAAUCAUUUCAAAAACCCUUAUUGGUGUUUGAUUGAGCUUCCUGAUUUAAUGGACUAAAAUAACAGCCCCCAAAUGGCAAACCCCACCCAUCUGUCACUCCAGGCAGGCUAAGCAAAACACUCACAGCAUUUGUAAGAGUUAGACAUGGUAUUUGAACCUAGGUGUGUUGUCGGUAGAGUAUGUAUGGCUUCUGACUGCUUUGUCAUGCAGUGACUGUAUAAUUAUCCACCCAAAUAUGUCAAGUUAGCACGCCCUGUCUGUAUUUUCUUCUUCUUCCACAUCCCAGACUACACAUCCCAGCUCACAUCCCAGACUACACAUCCCAGACUACACAUCCCAGCUCACAUGCCAAGCUACACUUCCCAGACUACACAUCCCAGACUACACAUCCCAGACUACACAUCCCAGACUACACAUCCCAGACUAAACAUCCCAGCUCACAUCCCAGACUACACAUCCCAGACUACACAUCCCAGACUACACAUCCCAGACUACACAUCCCAGCUCACAUGCCAGACUACACAUCCCAGACUACACAUCCCAGACUAUACAUCCCAGACUACACAUCCCAGACUACACAUCCCAGUUCACAUCCCAGACUACACAUCCCAGACUACACAUCCCAGCUCACAUGCCAGACUACACAUCCCAGACUACACAUCUCAGACUAUACAUCCCAGACUACACAUCCCAGACUACACAUCCCAGCUCACAUGCCAGACUACACAUCCCAGACUACACAUCCCAGCUCACAUCCCAGACUACACAUCCCAGCUCACAUCCCAGACUACACAUCCCAGACUACACAUCCCAGCUCACAUCCCAGACUACACAUCCCAGCUCACAUCCCAGACUACACAUCCCAGCUCACAUCCCAGACUACACAUCCCAGCUCACAUCCCAGACUAAACAUCCCAGCUCACAUCCCAGACUACACAUCCCAGCUCACAUCCCAGACUACACAUCCCAGACUACACAUCCCAGCUCACAUGCCAGACUACACAUCCCAGACUACACAUCCCAGACUAUACAUCCCAGACUACACAUCCCAGACUACACAUCCCAGACUACACAUCCCAGACUACACAUGCCAGACUACACAUCCCAGCUCACAUCCCAGACUACCCAUCCCAGACUACACAUCCCAGCUCACAUGCCAGACUACACAUCCCAGCUCACAUCCCAGACUAAACAUCCCAGCUCACAUCCCAGACUACACAUCCCAGCUCACAUCCCAGACUACACAUCCCAGACUACACAUUCCAGCUCACAUGCCAGACUACACAUCCCAGACUACACAUGCCAGACUACACAUCCCAGCUCACAUCCCAGACUACCCAUCCCAGACUACACAUCCCAGACUACACAUCCCAGCUCACAUGCCAGACUACACAUCCCAGACUACACAUCCCAGCUCACAUCCCAGACUACACAUCCCAGACUACACAUCCCAGACAACACAUCCCAGACUACCCAUCCCAGACUACACAUCCCAGCUCACAUGCCAGACUACACAUCCCAGACUACACAUCCCAGACUACACAUCCCAGACUACACAUCCCAGCUCACAUCCCAGACUACACAUCCCAGCUCACAUGCCAAGCACGGCCACACUGUCUCUGAUAUGCCUUUGACCAGUUCACCCUUGAAGUCUGGGGCCCAUGUUCUUUUUAAAGAGUCUCACAGUAGGAGUUCUGAUCUUGGAUCAGUUUGAACUUUGGGAUCAUAAUGAACAACAUCCCAUGGAAGGGGACGGGGGUCGGGGAGGACUGACCCUAGAUCAGCACUCCUAACCCAAGAUGCUUUAUGGAUAUUUUUUCGUACAGUAACACAUUAACUGUAUAAGAACCCUGUGUCAUGUUUCGAUAGUGUGAUCUAUGUAUUUGAAUAUACUGUAGCAGCUUUUCAUACAACAGACAAAGAACAGCGAAUAUUUAACCUUGAGCUUGUGAAUGUCUCAAAAUACCUAAUGUACACACUGUUCAUAACUGAAUUGUUUCUGUUUUUAAUCUACAAACACCUUAAAUGUGGAGAGAAAUGAAAGUGUUUUUUAUAAGGGGGAUGGAUUUUCUUGGCUUGGGUUGGUCUUUCCACAUGUUCUGAAAUGUAAUUUAAAUUGUUUUUGUUUUUUUCUCGAAGGUACACAGCUAGAGAAUGUUGACGGUCAGCAUUCCAUAGUUGAAUGAUGCUUGUGAACAUACCAGAGAUAGGAUAUUUAAUUUGUGCUGUGUCUGGUCGUACGUGAUGGUAUGCCUGUGUGUGUGAACAGACGACUGGUAGACCAUGAGGCAGCGAAACAAGUUUGAUUGCAGAAGGCAUUCUUGAAAUUGGAUUGUUAUGUAAAAUUAUCGUCAAUCGUUUUUUUGGGGGGGCAAAUUCUAAAUGUGUCUGGAUUGAACAGUUUCGAUUUGUCGCAAAAAAAAACGAGGCAGCAUUUUAAACGUUUUAAAUGAUCUGUUUAACAACUGUGAAAUUUUGUGACACAUUAAAAGUCUUGCUACAUUAUAGUUAAUAAG